AUGGAGCAGUGUGCACUUGCGAAGCGCCAGAGGCAGGAGAAGGCUGUAUUGAAGGGUUCCUCAAAGGAAGGCACUGAAAGGUCAGAAGGUGUUGCAGUGGACAAGACUUCCUCUGGGUCAGGUCAGAAACCCUCAGAUGAACGGCAUGGCCAAAAGAAGAAAACGAGUGAUGAGGACAAGGACAGCAGCAGCAGCAGCAGUGACAACAGCAACAACAGCAAUGAUAACGGUGACAGCAGCGACAGCAACAGCGAGGAGGAUUCAUCAACCGAUGAUGAAGAUACAAUUCGCUGUCAAGAGGGAAAAACUGCGCCCCCCCAGAAAGGAGUCGCCAAAGAGAAAAUAUCAGCAGUUACAAAACCAGUGCAACAAUCCAAGCAGGCGAUGGCGUCAAAUACUUCCAAGAAGAUUACUGAGGCAACAAAGAUGGCGACACGACCUGAGCUCUGGCCCACAGCGGCGACGGUGUCAAAUACUUCCAAGAUAAUGACUGAGGUAACAAGGACAGCGACACGACCUGAGCCCUGGCCCAUGGCAAAGGCUUCGACUCAGCCUGCAUCCAGUAGUAUCCCGGCAAAGAACUCUGUCAAGGAGAUAACAACACAAAGCCAGAAGAGCAACGCAGCUGCAGCAGAACCUGCAGACAAGUUGGCAAAGCAGCAAGCUGCGGAGGAGAAGGCAGCUGGCAGCAAGCAAACGAAGCAGAAGACGAUGAAGCAGAAGACGACGAAGCAGAAACCCAAAGAGGACAUCCUGCUCAAGGAGAGUGAAGGCGAGAAGAUGACCACAAAGGCGAAGAAGAGCACUGUGGCGACUGCGACGUCAACGCAUGCUUUGUCAGAGGUGCCAGAGAACAUCGCGGAGGCAGGCCCGACAAUCUCUUCAGAGGUCUCCACUACUGACACAGCAGGUGGGAAAUGCAAAUCAAAGGGAAAGGAGAACAAGAAGAAGAAGGAAAUCAGCGAAACUAUGACAAGGACCACAAGGGCUACAGCCAAGGCCGCAAAAGACAUAGGGUCUGAUCAAGGACAUGAAAAGCGGAAGUGUAAUAACAGCGAAAAUGAAGAGCCUGAAUGCCUGAAAAAGAAAACGAAGAUGACCCAGUGCCCACACGACAGUGACUGCGAGCUCGAGUUCCCCGAGGAGCCAAGCUCAGCGCUGCAGGCCAUGAUCGACUAUUACGAAAGCUUGGGCCCAGAGCGCCACACCACACUGAAACUCAAGGCGGUGUUUGAGAUUCACACCCAAUUGGUCAAGGACACUGAACGCCCAUGCCUUUUGCAGGAUGCGCACGAUCACAGUUGGCCUCUAAUAAUUGACUUUGAGAAGCUCCCAGGACAUAUCUUCAAACUACACAAGCAAGUGGAGGGUCUUUGCAGCAACAAUAUCGUUUUCGAAGUGUCCAUCCAGUGGAAGAGGUGGGUUGAGUACGCUUUCGAGACUAACUUGACAGCGUUGAAGUGGGGCAAGAUGUUGGUCAUGGACGUAUUCCGCGAUCUCGGCCAAUAUGCCCACACCGGCUAUUAUGGGGCCAAGGGUGCAAGCAUUAUUGGGAAUUGCAUCAUUGGCUUUUUCCCUAUCAAGAGAAGUCUCAAGGGGUCGAUAGAGGAAUGCGUCAGAUCUGUGGUCACUCGAAACCUCGAGAAUACGAAUCUAACGGCAUCGGCGCGCGAGCAGUGGCAGAAAUUACCCGAAAUCAAGUGGGAUUUCAUGCACAUCCUGCAGAAUUUCGUAGUUCCGUAUGUCGCGAAUGCCCUCAUCGCAGAGGAUACCAGCAAGAGCGAACACGACGCGGAUGUUGUCCGUGUGGCGAGUCAAGGAUAUGGGGAAGAAUUCAACGACCUCGAUGACAAUGAAGAGGCUUUCGAGGAUAUCAACAUUUGUGUGCUGAAGAAGAUUCGAGGGAAAAAAAAGGGGAAGACAUUGUCGCAUCACCCAGUUUUCGCCAGGAAAAACACGAGACUCAAGCUACCAAGACUCAAAUGGAUUGCAACGCCAAUUGAUACAUUUCCUUUCUUCGGAUUCGUCGUUUAUAGCUGUCUUUGA